GGUUAGUGGAUGGGUCACGGAUUUGAUGUUAGUAACCGCUAAAGAAAGUGUCAUAAAAGUAAGCUGUACAAUAUUUUGAAGAAUAUCGACAAAGACAGAAAGCGAAAAUGGUGUCGCACGUCGAACUUUAUUGUGAGGAAAUUUAGGUAACGUCAUCUAUGCAUUUUUGUGCUGGAAGAAUUCAUUCAGACUUCUGUUUGGUCUCCACUGUUCCUAUGUCGUUCUUUAAGCUAUAUUUCUCGAUUGUUAUGUUAUCCGGUGGUGGCCUAUUGCGAUCAACCAUUGUCAGUAGGGGAGGCAGAUCACCUCCUCAAUUAAUUACACGGGUUCAAGGGAUUGUGAGGUGAUGUGACGGGGGGGAUGCUUGGGAAAAUGCUGUGCUUAGCUUCCUGUUCCUACUCUUGCUUCUAUCUUUAGGCUGCUUCCAGAUUCUCCAUCUCUUCGUUAUGAGUAACAUGACGCCUGCCAAGUCCUCACUGGUCCUUGUUCUAUAUACUGGAGGAACAGUUGGAAUGAAAAAGCUCUCUGAAAAUGGUAUGAUACCAAUUAAUUUAUAAUUUUUCAUCGACUUAAUAGUUUUAGAUGUUAUGCAUGUCACUUCCCUUGUGAAGGUGAAAUUGAUAAAGAUAUCUUGCAUCAUUUCCAAUCAUGAAGUGUGUAUGGCAUGAAAAAACAAUGAGAAUCAGAGUAAGUGGAAAGGAAAAAUCCUCCUAUUUCAGAGCCUUGCAUUCUACACUUGGACUUAUUCAUUGAAGAGUUGAAAAGGCAUCCAUUGCUUCAUGAUGCUGCUUUCACUGUGCCUCAAGCAAGAAAAGUGGGUGCAACAGAGAGAUUGGCCAUGCCGUAAGUAUUACCUUUCUGAAUCUGAAGAUCUGAUUUGAUGCCUGAUGGGGACUCAAGCUUGCAAGCUUGUUAGAAUAAAUCUUCUUUUGUUGAAAUACACUUUUCAAUAGUUGAGCCUUCCAUCUUAAAAAGAUUAAUUUGACAACUGAGCUCAGGCAGACUAGAUUUGUGCCUCUGCAAGGGGAAGCUGUUAGAACUUUUGCCAGACUUGGUACAUGAGACGGGAAGAAAAUUUCACUUGGAGGUUCUUGUUGAAUGCUGUACUUUCAAAACUAAUAUUUUAAAAUAUAUCCAUAAAGUGGAAGAAAUGUUAACUAUAUAUGUAAUUUAGAUCUUGGGUAUCUCAUGGAUAACCAAAGAAAUUAUAGACUUGGCAUUCAACAACUGAUCAUGAUGAACUGUUAGAAAUGUAUGAUAAACAAGUACAUACCCGGUAACGUUUUUGAAUUAUUCUCAUUCUUACCCUUGAGAUAAUUAAAAAAUUGGCUUAUUUGACUGGUUUUUGUUUAGUGUACAUGAUCAGGAUAACAGCAAAAUAUUGUAUGAUAUCAAGAAGGCUGGUACUGUACGGGAAUCAAAAGAUACUUGCACAAAGGACUGGAUUGACAUGGCCACAGAGAUUGCCAAUAACUAUGAUGGCUAUGAUGGGUUUGUGAUCUUACAUGGGACUGAUACUAUGGCUUAUACUGCAUCAGCACUGUCUUUCAUGCUUGAGAAUCUUGGGAAACCUGUGGUCCUCACUGGAGCACAGGUAAGCCAUGUCGAAAUUUCCAAGUGUUAUUUUGUAGGCUGAUUGAGUGCCAGUAUGAUUAAUAGAACAAUAUUCAAGAUCAAAAGAUUGUCAAGGAAUCAUGUGGGUAAAAAUAUUGGCAUCUGAGAUAGACAGAACCUGUGGUAAAGUCACACUAAAACUGCAUGCAAUUUGCACUAUGAAGCAGUGAAGUACCUGAAUUUAAAAUCUGUAAUAUAGUAGAAAGUAUACAAAACUUUUAAUUUUCUCGUGAGUAAUAAAAAGAUAACCCUAAUAUUGCCUGAAUCUAGGAUUUCUGCAUAAGUUUUGAAAUCUCAUUACAAUAGGUUCUGGGCUGUGCUAGUAUCUAUUUCUGGUCAAAUACAAUAUUUUUCACUUUACAGAGACAUGGUCAGUUAAGUUCAUUAAAACCUUCACCUGUCUCCUUUUAUCACAGACCCCAAUUUAUGAGGAAGAGACAGAUGCAAAAGAUAACCUGGGUGGUGCACUGUUGUUUGCUGGGCACUAUGCAGUUUCAGAGGUAGGAACAUAGAUUUACAAGAUCUCGGGGGUGGAAGGGGUAAAUAUAUAUAGCAUUAAGCUGGAUGAAAAUGAGCCAGGUGAAAGGAAAUGCCAACUAUGCAAGCAGUUUUGACCUGAAUAAAACCCCCUUUCGAUGUACUUUUACACUUAUAUAUCAGACAUCUACAAAACAACUUUCCUCCUCUACAGGUGACAAUUUUCUUUAAUGGAAAGCUGUUUAGAGGAAAUAAAUCAACCAAAGUAGACGCAAAGAAUUUUUCUGUUUUUGACUCACCAAGCUACCCUCCACUGGCAAAACUAAGCAAUAAUGGAAGCAGUAAGUGCAUAACCCUUUACUGACGGUAGUGAGUUUAUUUAUGACUAACUUUCUUCUGUCUGUGGUAAUUAUGCUCAUGUCUCGUUCUGAACACAAAAGUUACACUCUAACUGAGGUAGUAGGACAGUACCAAGACCUGUGUGAAAGAUAUCAUCAGUUCCAGACAUUGCCUUUCCCCUAGCUAGCUUAUACUUUCGGCAGUUGCCUUUCAAGAGAGACCCUCCUUUAGAGUCACAUCAGAUAAGUACUGUAUAAAAUUUAUUUCUGAAAGAAGCCCUUUAAAAGUAGUUUAGUAGCAUUUUAGCACCUAAUUUUUGUCAGUUUCAGCAGCUCAUUGCACAGAUUUUACCAUGCUCUACUUGUGUAGCAUGCAAUCACAGCUGUUUUAAUUUAACAGGUCGACCAGCUAUUUAUUGAAAAUAAUUUUUGUCAUUACUUAGUUGAAUGGAAUUAUUCUGGUGAUCCAAGGCAUAAAGGAUGUUUCACACUCCACACAAAGAUGAGCCAAAACAUAGCAUUACUUCCUAUGUUCCCUGGUAUCCCAAUACAAAUGGUAUGUUGCAAUGUCAUUUUAGAAGAUUGAUGUAGAAAAACUUUGAUCACCAAUUUAGAAGCUCUUGAUUUUCCAACAAAAAAUGAAAAGGAAAUGUAGAGAGAUCAGUAUGGAGAAUAUGGAUGCUAAUUAAUGCCAGGUAGCAAAGAAUUAAUUAGAGCAAAGAAAAAAAGCUAUAUGUAAAGGGUUUAAAAUUUACACUGGAUUUGCCCUCCAAACCCAAAUGAUGUUUGCCUAGCUUUUGAUCCUUUCUGUUACCUUCUAUUUGCUCAUAUUCAGAUAAAAGGAUGUUUAGAGCCUCCAAUUGAGGGUGUUGUCCUGGUAACAUAUGGAAGUGGCAAUAUACCAGACUCGAGAACUGAUCUUACUGAGGCGGUCAAAGAAGCGACGGACAAGGGUGUGGUCAUUGUCACCUGUUGUCCUUGUCGUGGAGGGCCACAUGAUGUUUCUAGCGAGUUUGUAGAAAAGGUACUGACUAAAUGCCUAAUGCAGUUUUGUAAGAAUAUGUUUUCCAGGACCUUAUUCAUUGUGUAUAUUUUUAAGUAUUUAAAGGGAGAGGGAAGGAAGGUGGCUGACAUUCUCCAUUGACCCCAAUCCUCCCAUCAGCUAUGUAGAGAACUUUGAGGAGAGGGAACCUAGAUUUCCUAGGAAAAUAUUAGGAAAGAUUUUAGGAAAGACUUAGGCAGUACUAGGAAAGAUUAAUAGAAGGAUAACGAGCUGGUCGUUUGCCGUUUUUGCUUUAAUCAAGAUAUGCUUUUGUUGAUGUAUCCGCUACAGAAUUCAUGAAGCUAAACAAAUCUCGAAAACUACAAAAUGUCUGAGUUUUAGAUUGUGAUUCGUUAUUCACACAGGGCCUUGUCGAGUUAGGAGUAGUUCUCGGGGUAGACAUGACGGUCGAAUGCGCGCUAACCAAGGUCGCGUUUGUUAUGGGACUAGAGGAACUCACGUUAGAAGAGAGGAAAUCAGUAAGUCUUACUCUGAAAUGUAGCCUCACAGACGGUGCCUGA